CUGAGUUCUCCAACUUGGAACUUACUUAUCACUCACUCACUCACUCACUAAGCUCCGGGGGUUUCUGGCCACUUGGCGUUCAUGUCUUGAUCUGGGUUAUAUCCCCGAUUUUCUUUCCCGCCCCCUCCUCUCUCAGUCCCCUUCACCUGUUGUCUUCCCUUCCCUUUUCUUUCUUUCCUUUUCUUUUCUUCUUUUUACAUUUUUUCCUCCUUGCUCCCACUCCUGGUCACCCUCGCCGAUAUCUGGGGGUCUCCAACCAACAUGGAGCAAUCCUACCUUUCUUCCCCAGCGGAAGUACUGGACCAUUUUAGUGUCACCGAAAGCUUUGGUCUCUCGCAGGACCAAGUCAUUAAAGCUAGGCAGAGACAUGGCCCCAACGCCCUUGCGGAAGAGCCACCGACACCUCUCUGGCAACUCGUUGCAGAACAAUUCAAAGACCAGUUGGUUCUCAUUCUUUUGGGGUCCGCUGCCGUAUCCUUUAUACUGGCUCUUUUUGAGGAAGGUGACGAUUGGUCUGCUUUUGUCGACCCGGUUGUGAUCUUGACCAUUCUGAUUCUCAAUGCUGUGGUUGGUGUCACUCAAGAAAGCAAUGCAGAGAAAGCUAUUGCUGCUCUUCAAGAAUAUUCCGCCAAUGAAGCUACAGUGGUGCGUGACGGCAAAACCCAGCGCGUCAAAGCGGAGGACCUGGUUCCCGGAGAUGUUGUCCACGUUGCAGUUGGUGACCGUGUCCCGGCGGACUGUAGACUGCUCGCUAUCCACAGCAAUAGUUUCCGUGUGGACCAGGCUAUCCUUACCGGCGAAAGUGAGAGCGUUGCCAAGGAUGCUCGCAUCAUCCAGGACAAGCAAGCGGUCAAGCAAGAUCAAGUUAAUAUGCUCUUCUCGGGUACAACCGUUGUCAAUGGACAUGCAACCGCUAUCGUUGUUUUGACGGGUGGGUCGACGGCCAUUGGUGAUAUUCAUGAGAGUAUUACCUCCCAGAUCUCGGAGCCGACUCCCCUGAAGCAGAAGCUCGAUGACUUCGGUGACAUGCUAGCUAAGGUGAUUACUGUCAUUUGUGUCCUUGUCUGGAUUAUCAACGUUGAGCACUUCAACGACCCGUCCCACGGUGGCUGGACUAAGGGAGCCAUUUACUACCUGAAGAUUGCAGUGUCCCUGGGCGUGGCGGCUAUUCCGGAAGGGUUGGCGGUGGUGAUCACCACAUGUCUGGCUCUUGGUACACGCAAGAUGGCUCAGAAGAAUGCGGUGGUCCGUUCACUUCCCUCGGUGGAGACACUGGGUAGUUGCAGUGUGAUCUGCUCCGACAAAACCGGAACCUUGACUACCAACCAGAUGAGCGCCGAGAAGAUUGUUUACCUCAACGAGACUGGCCAUUGCGUCGAGGAAAUCGACGUUGAAGGUACGACUUUCGCUCCUGAAGGCAAAAUCUCGCUCCAAGGCAAGGAGUUGCAAAACGUUGCUGUCACUUCAUCUACCAUUCGGCAAAUGACAGAGGUUAUGGCUCGCUGCAACAGCGCGACCCUGGCCCAUGAUGCUAAGACUGGCGCAUUCUCCUGUAUCGGCGAGCCCACUGAAGGUGCUCUUCGCGUUCUGGUCGAAAAAAUCGGCACCGAGGAUUCUGCUAUCAACGCUAAAUUGCUACCUCUCCCAGCUACCCAAAGGCUUCAUGCUGCCAGUGCUCAUUACGAAACUCGCUUGUCCCUCAAGGCAACCUAUGAAUUCUCCCGUGACCGGAAAAGUAUGUCGGUUCUUGUCGAUACUGGAAAGGAACAGAGGCUCCUGGUUAAGGGUGCACCGGAGUCCAUCUUGGAGCGCUGCUCCCAUGUACUUCUUGGUACUAACGGAAAGCGUGUUUCCAUAACAAAGGAUCACCUGAACUGCCUUUCUGAAGAACUAAUUGGAUAUGGAAACCGUGGUCUUCGUGUAAUCGCACUGGCUAGCGUGGACACUGAUGGAACCAACCCUCUCUUGCACAAUGCCAAAUCCACGGACGAUUACGCUCAAUUGGAACAGAAUAUGACGCUUCUCGGCUUCGUUGCGAUGCUGGACCCUCCACGGGUGGAGGUCGCUGCCUCGAUCAGAAAGUGCAAGGAGGCUGGUAUACGUGUUAUUGUCAUUACUGGUGACAAUCGCAAUACUGCGGAGUCUGUUUGCCGUCAAAUUGGUGUUUUCAGUGAAGAUGAAGAUUUGAGGGGUAAAAGCUUUACCGGAAGAGAGUUCGAUAGCCUGUCGUACAACGAAAAGCUCGAUGCUGUCAAGACUGCGUCUCUGUUUUCACGAACUGAGCCUAGCCACAAGUCCAAGCUCGUUGACCUCCUGCAAUCCUUGGGCCACGUUGUCGCAAUGACCGGAGAUGGUGUAAAUGACGCUCCCGCCCUAAAAAAAUCGGACAUUGGUGUCGCCAUGGGCACAGGAACGGACGUUGCCAAGCUUGCCGCUGACAUGGUGCUGGCUGAUGACAACUUCGCGACCAUCACUGUGGCUGUUGAAGAGGGUCGUUCGAUCUAUAGCAACACGCAGCAAUUCAUCCGGUACCUCAUCUCAUCGAACAUCGGUGAAGUCGUUUCUAUCUUUUUGACUGCAGCCUUGGGCAUGCCGGAGGCUUUGAUCCCUGUGCAGCUUCUGUGGGUUAACUUGGUCACCGAUGGGUUGCCGGCCACAGCCCUCUCCUUCAACCCCCCUGAUCACGAUGUCAUGAGACGUGCCCCCCGAAAGCGUGAUGAACCUCUGGUCGGCGGCUGGCUCCUUUUCAGGUACAUGGUGAUCGGUACCUACGUCGGUGCCGCUACUGUCUUCGGCUAUGUCUGGUGGUUUGUGUACAAUCCUGAGGGGCCUCAGAUUUCAUUUUGGCAGCUGUCUCAUUUCCACAAGUGCUCGUCCCAGUUCCCCGAAGUUGGUUGUGAGAUGUUCACCAACGAUAUGUCGCGUUCUGCAUCUACUGUGUCGCUCUCGAUCCUCGUCGUGAUUGAAAUGCUCAACGCCAUGAACGCCCUCUCAUCCAGCGAGUCGCUCUUCACCUUCGGCCUGUCGAAUAACCCGAUGCUUGUCUAUGCGAUCAUCCUCUCCAUGUCGUUGCACUUUGCGAUUCUCUAUGUUCCUUUCUUGCAGGGUCUGUUCUCUAUCCUGCCCUUGGGCUGGAUGGAAUGGCAGGCGGUCCUAGCUAUCAGUGCCCCUGUUAUCUUCAUCGACGAGGUUCUGAAGGUCAUGGAGCGCCGCUUGUACAAUAACGUUCCCGCAGUCGCGCCUGUGGAACUCAAUGGCAAGCCUAAGAGGGCGUGAAGGAUUUGUUGAUGAAGUGAUGACUGAGAUGUCGGUGAUCGCCUUGAUGAUAUAUAGAUUUCUUGUCCCUUCAUAUUCUAUGUGUUUGUUGUUUUGCCGUUGGGCAAUUGAUGGCAUAUACCUAUACCUUUGGAUGGUUGGGGGCGUAUAGAGAAGGAUGACGCCGAUAUCUACAGCGAUGAGCCUAGCGAAGUAGGUUCUGUUUUCAUGUAUCAUGUGGACACUAUGCCUAGACUUUUCUCACCUGUUUCACUCGCAAUCGACUGUUCUCCUGCUUAGCUGAAUACGUUUUUUUACCCACCGAGCCCGUUUUAGAUAGAUUAGUGUAUCAAAUGUAUUAUUGUCUACUGU